CUGCUGUUGCUCGGCGCUCCAUCUCCGGCCGAAGGCGCAGCCAUGAAUCCGUUAUUCGGGCCCAACCUCUUCCUCCUGCAGCAGGAGCAGCAGGGCCUGGCGCGGCCUCCGGGGGACCUUUUGGGGGUCGACCCCUUCGGCGGGGGCGGAGGCGGGGACGUGUCCCCCGCGCCGCUGUCCCCGGCCGGCCCCGCUCCCUACUCGCCGGCCGGGCCGGGCCGGGUGCCCCCCGCCGCCAUGGCGCUCCGCAACGACCUGGGUUCCAACAUCAGCGUCCUCAAGACGCUCAACCUGCGCUUCCGCUGCUUCCUGGCCAAGGUGCACGAGCUGGAGCGCCGCAACCGGCUGCUGGAGAAGCAGCUGCAGCAGGCGCUGGAAGAGGGCAAACAGGGCCGUCGGGGCCCGCGCCGCGACCAGGCGGUGCAGACCGGCUUCGUCAGCCCCAUCCGGCCCCUGGGGCUGCCCCUGGGCGCCCGGCCCGCCGCCGUCUGCGCCCCGGCCGCGCGGGUGCUGGGCUCGCCCGCCGGCCCGCCCUCCGCCCCCGCCGCCCCCGCCGCCUGCUCGCCCGCCGCCCCCCGCUUCACGCCGGGCACCAUCUGGUCCUUCUCGCACGCCCGGCGGCUCGGGCCGGGCCUGGAGCCCACGCUGGUGCAGGGCCCGGGCCUGUCGUGGGUGCACCCCGACGGGGUGGGCGUGCAGAUCGACACCAUCACCCCUGAGAUCCGCGCCCUCUACAACGUGCUGGCCAAAGUGAAGCGCGAGCGGGACGAGUACAAGCGGAGGUGGGAAGAGGAAUACACAGUUCGGGUGCAGCUACAGGAGCGAGUAGCUGAGCUCCAGGAGGUAGGUGCUCCCAGGCCUGGGCAUGCCCCACCUGCCCCUCUUGGCCUUCUCUCCAUGGGCCUGUCUCCCCCACAGGAAGCCCAGGAGGCCGAUGCCUGCCAGGAGGAGCUGGCUAUGAAGGUGGAGCAGCUAAAAGCUGAGCUGGUCGUCUUCAAGGGGCUCAUGAGCAACAACCUGUCUGAGCUGGACACGAAGAUUCAGGAGAAGGCCAUGAAGGUGGACAUGGACAUCUGCCGCCGCAUCGACAUCACGGCCAAGCUCUGUGAUGUGGCCCAGCAGCGCAACUGCGAGGACAUGAUCAAGAUGUUCCAGUCUCUGCACUUGUCUCCCAUUAAGGUCCCAUCCAUGGGGGGGCGGAAGCGGGAGCGCAAGGCUGCCAUCGAGGAGGACACCUCCCUGUCAGAGAGUGAUGGGCCCCACCAGCCCGAGGGGGAUGAGGAGGAGAGCACAGCCCUCAGCAUCAACGAGGAGAUGCAGCGCAUGCUCAACCAGCUGAGGGAAUAUGAUUUUGAGGACGACUGUGACAGCCUGACUUGGGAGGAGACUGAGGAGACCCUGCUGCUGUGGGAGGAUUUCUCAGGCUAUGCCAUGGCGGCCGCAGAGGCCCAGGGAGAGCAGCAGGAAGACAGUCUGGAGAAGGUGAUUAAAGAUACUGAGUCCCUGUUCAAAACCCGGGAGAAAGAAUAUCAGGAAACCAUCGACCAGAUAGAGCUGGAGCUGGCCACCGCCAAGAACGACAUGAACCGCCACCUGCAUGAGUACAUGGAGAUGUGCAGCAUGAAGCGUGGCCUGGAUGUGCAGAUGGAGACCUGCCGCCGCCUCAUCACACAGUCUGGAGACCGAAAGCCUCCUGCUUUCACUGCGGUCCCGCCUAGUGACCCGCCACCGCCAAGCGAGGCUGAGGACUCCAAUCGUGAUGUCUCAUCUGACAGCUCCAUGAGAUAGGGCUCCCCCCUCCCCUGUGGGGACACCAAGGCAGGGGUGGGGGUACAAAGAAGGGAGCAGCUUCAGUCCAAGUGGCCCUGGGUCCUUAGCCUCUGGGGCUCUAAGGUGUCUACAGUGAGGCAUGUGGCCUGCCUCCCCAUGCUGCCGGGGUCUCCUGCCAUUGCUCUUGUGGGUGUCUGCUACCUGCCCAUCUUUAAAAUGCCACCCUACCUUCCCCACUGAGUAAGAACGUGGUCCUUGUUCUCCCAUUUGUGGCCUGGAGCCCCUGAUGGCCUCUGAUUCUGCCCUGGUGCUAACUAGCCGGGCUUUGGUGUCAAGUGUGGGUGAGGGACAGUGGAGCAGGUGGCCAUCCCUUUCAGCACUCCUGGGACUCCUGCCGACCCGCAACAGUGAUGUGUCUCACACUGGAGGGACUUUGGUGCUCCUUCCAGGUGACUUUGGGUCGUGAGGGAGAUGGCACUCCUUUAUCUGCCACCUUGGAGUGAGAGGGUGAAGCUGCUUUUGGUGUGUGUGUGUGUGUGUGUGUGUGUGUGUGUAUACAUGGGCGUGUGUGCAUGUGAGCUCAGGGUCUGAAUUUCAAGCGUCAGCUCGGAGGUAUGCCUACUCCGUGCUUUGAUCUGAGACCAACAGCUCAGAAAGAAGAUGCCCCAGACUUGAAGAAGCUUGGAGAGGUUGGGGACAUGGCACAGAAAAUGUCAAUGCAGCUGCCUGGGGGAAGACUGUUGAGCUGACAUUUGAAUGGAAAUCUUUAAUAAUGAAACUGGCAAAUAUUUAUUGGA